GCUCUUGCUCGAGUCUGACUUGACGCUUUCUGUGCCAUCAACGGGUUUGCGGGUAAAUACGGCAGAAGUUAUUUCACUAAAGUUUGGCGUCAGUUUCUUAUUGUUUUUCGAGAGCUUAGGAGGAAAUGGCGGCCGUCCUGCUGCAGGUUCUGGAGCGGACGGAGUUGAGUAAGCUCCCGAAAGCUGCCCAAAACAAACUCGAGAAGUUUGUGACGGAGCUGCAGAAUGCUAACGAGGCGUUCAGGACACAGCAUGAGCGCUUCAAGGCAGACAGUGAACAACAGUAUUUUGACAUUGAAAAGAGACUAGCAGAGAGUCAGGAACACAUCCUGUCUGCCACGAGAGACCUGCAGACGGUCAAGGAGGAAAACAAAAAACUCAGUGAAGAGCUGAGCACCCUCAAAGGAAUAGAAGGAGACACCAAUGAACACAAAGCACCACAACAGCAAACAAAAGCCAGGUAUGAGAUUGAGGCAGAGAAGAGAGAGCUGGAGAGGCUACUGGAGAAGAGAACACAGGAAGCGGAGAACCUUACUGAGGAUGUGAAACGUCUGAGCGAAAAGCUAACAGAAACCAACAAAGUCAAGAUGGAGAUGCAGUUAAAAUUAGAUGAUUUAUUAUCAGCUGAGGCUUCUAUUAAGCACCGUGAGAAACGUAUGGAGCAGGAGAAAGAGUUACUUGAGAAGAAGAUUGAGUGGUUAACUGCAGAACUGAAGACCAAAACUGAUGAACUGCUAAACACUAACAAAGACAAUGGCAAUGAGAUACUGGAGCUGCAGGGAAGUCUGAAGAACAGCCAGGAGCAGGUCACCAGGCUGGAGGGACAGCUUGCUUCACAAAAGGAAAUUGGUGAAAGUCAGAGUAAAAGAGCUGAAGACCUCAACAAUAAACUGAAACAGGCUAAAGAUGAGCAGAGUGCAAUGGAAGAGAAAUACCGCAAUGAGCUUAAUGCUCAUGUCAAAUUGUCCUCACUCUACAAGGGAGCAGCAACAGAUAUGGAAACCAAGAACCAAGAACUGAACAGAGCAGUGGAAGAGCUUACCAAGCUGGUUAAAGAAAUUGGAGAAACCAAUAAGACUUUAGAGAAAAAGGUGACUGAGGGAGAAGAAGGAAAGAAACAACUUGAAGCAGAGUUGAAGGAAAAAAUCAACAUGAUGGAGAAAGAGUUGGAAAAUGCUACAACAACAAAUGCUGGCAAACACUGCUGCAUUCCCUCUUUUACCGAGGAGCAGUUAGAUUCCAUGUGUCCAUCAGCAGCUGCAAUUUCUGCAAUUGUCAAGCCUGGCAUGAAGUUCUUUGAUCUGUAUAAUGCAUUUUCAGAGUGUCAGACACAGCUCCUGCUUGAGAAACAGGAGACCAAGAGAGUAAACAAAGUCCUGGAUGAGAUUGUCCAAGAGGUUGAGUCCAAAGCACCUGUCCUGAAGCGUCAGCGGGACGAGUAUGAGAGCAUGCAGAGAUCUGCUGCCUCCAUGUGGAACAAGCUGGAACAGGCUCGAAAGGAGAUUUACAGUCUGCAGAAAGAGAAAGAGGAGUCCAAACAACUCUGUGACGUCCUGGAAAGAGAGAAAUUGAGGAUAGAGAGACAGCUAAAAGACACAUCUACACAGGUGUGUGCUCUUCUGGUGGAGCUGGAGGAAGCUAGAGGUAACCAGGUGACAAAGGACGACACCAGCUCUGCCGACAUUUCCAGCACCACAGAGGUCAUCAGUCCCCAGCAGCUGUCUUUCCGCAGUGUGGGUGAACUGCAGAGACAGAACCAAAGCCUUUUGGGAAGGCUUAGAGAACUGGAGGAGGAGAAGGAUCGACAGCAGAGCCUCAUAACAUCAACACGAGUAUCAGAGUUAGAGACUAGUGUGGAUAAACUUCAGAAGGAAGUUGAAGAGCUAAAGGAACAGAGGAAUCAGCAGAAACAGCUGGCUGAUUCCAAUGGCCGACAGAGAGACAUGUACAAGGCCCUACUGACUCAGAGCACUGGAUUCACCCUGCCUCCUCAAGGUCAAGAUAAUGCACCCCAGCCUGCUCAAGUUCGACCAUCAGUCCCUGCUACUCGCUCUACUCCACAAAGAGCUGCUGCCGCUGAGUCAGCACAGAGUGCUCAGGUUAAAGCUGCUGUAAAACAGAUCAAUGAUUCCUUCAUUCUGUAUAAGAAGGAGAAGGCAGAAAAUGACAGGAUGCUUAAUGAAACCAACGACAGGCUGCAGAAGCAGGUAACAGAACUUGGGUCCAGGCAAGCCAAGCUCACCUCUCAACUUGAGUUCAGCAACAAGAGGUAUGAAAUGCUCCAGGAGACUGUAUCAGCAUACCGCAGAGAAAUCUCUGCCCUACAAGACAGGAACCAAAAAAUGGCUGCAACAGCCCAACGCCAUGAACAUGUCAUUCUCACAAUGACCCAGGACCUGCGACAGGCCAAUGAAAAACUAGCACUGAGCGAGGUACGUAUGGAGAACUUGACUAAAGAGAAAGACAUGUUAAGACAAGCAGAAAGCAGACUGACGCAAGAGAAGGAAGCGAUGCUAGCGGAGCAGCGUAACCAGAACCUGCUGCUCACCAACCUCAAGACCAUACAGUUAACAACAGAGCGUAUAGAGACAGAGACCCGCCAGCAACUUAAUAACAAGAUUGAGCACCUGGAGACAGAGCUGGCAUCAAUGAAGACCAGGCUGGAGCAGGAAGUAGCACAGAGACAUGCCCUCGGUCGCACUAUGGAUGCCCAGCUGUUAGAGGCCAAGAAGCAACUGGAGACUCAAAACACCUUACAGCAGAAGACCAGAGAACUGUUGCGUGGCGCUGAGCAGCAGGUGGUAGCACUAAAAGCCCAGGUGGCAUCUGCUUCUGCUACUACAUCAAUGUCUGAGACCAGUGCGACCUCAGCCGGCACCACCACUCCAGCUGGCAGAGCUGCAUCCCUUAGAGCCCCACUAAGAGUACGGUCUCCGGGGCCAGCAGCCUCCCAGCAGGCCAGCCAGUUAGAGCAGGAGCUUGCAGAGGUUAAAGGUCAUCUGCGCACUGCUGAGGAGCAGAUUAACAAAUUAACAGAACGGCUGGAGAACGCUAAUGAAACUGUGGAGCAGUACAGAGCUGUGGUACAGACUCUGGAAGACAGUCUGAAGAAAGAAAAGGAGUCUCGCUCUCCUCUGGAGCUUCGACUGAAGGAGUCAGUAGAAGUGCAGCAGCAGCUGGAGAAAAGGAUUUUAGAAGCAGAGAAAGCGAAGCAGCAGCAGCAAGAAGAAAAGAGGAAGGCUCUGGAUGCAGUGGAGAAACAAGUCAUUGAGCUGCAGCGCAGCCUGAAAGCCAGUCAGGCAGAGCAGCAGGAGGCGCUGGAGAGAUCCACUGCUGCUGUUACACUGGAACAGAAGGCCAUACAGGAAAGCCUGCUACAGACAAAGCUGGCUGGAGAGGCACAGGCUAAAUACGAGCGGGAGCUAAUGCUUCAUGCUGCUGAUGUGGAAGCCCUGCAGGAGCUUAAGAAAAGAUCCCAACAAGAAGCAGCACAAAGAAGGGAGUUAGAGGAGCAACUGGCCAAGACUUCCUCCCUCCUCCAGGAGAAAGCAGCAGCUUGGAACACAUUGGAGAGGCAGCUGAAGGAGGAACUAUCAAGCCAGAGCAGGCGCUGUGAGGAGCUGGGGAAGCAGAAUACUUUCUUGCACGAGCAGAUGGAUGAAAUGGCCUCCAAGAACCGACAGCAGCAACAGCAACAGCAGCAGCUGGACCUGUCAUUCAGCGAGGAAGGGAAGACCACUGAACAGAUACUUGAAAUUCUCAGGUUUGUGCGGCGGGAAAAGCAGAUCGCUGUGGCUCAAAGUGAGGCAUCUGAGGGAGAAGCUCUUCGCUACAAGGAGCGAGUGAAACACCAAGACAGAGAGUUAAAAGAGCUGCAGGAAUCUUUGAAUGCUGAGAGGGAAAGGAUGCAGGCUACAGCCAAGACACUGGCCCAGCAGGAAGAACAGCUGAAGAAGAUGGAGACUAUUGGUGCUCUUCAAGAAUUGAACAAGAUGUUGAAAAUGGACAAAGAUAAACUGGAGCAGGAGCUGCAGCAAGCUCAGGCCAAAGUGACAAAGCUCCAGUCGGACAUCAGCCCGCUGCAUCACUCGUUGUCUCAGCUGUCAGAGAAAAACUGCUCCCUGCAGGCUGAUAAGCGACUCCUGGAGGAGGACCUCAAACGCUGGAAGAACAGAACACAAUCGCUGCUUAGUCAACAGAAGGAUGGCGACCUGGAGGAAAAGCAAAAACUGACCAAUGAGAGAGAGGCUCAGCAGAAGCGCAUCGCACAGCUAGCUGAAGAGGUGGCCAAGCUAAAGACGGAACUGGCCAGAUCCAGUGGCAGCAAUAACUCUGCUCAGUCUCAGAUGCAAGCCCUCAGAGACGCUGUGGCACGUCUAACGUCAGAAAGAGACACUGUGAGGAAAGACCUGGAAACAAAGACCAACGACAUCCUGGAGAAAAACAAGACCAUCACACAAGUCAAGAAGAUUGGGCGACGCUACAAAACCCAGUAUGAGGAACUUAAAGCCCAGCAUGACAAGAUGGUUUUGGAAACGGCAGGUAAACCAGGAGGUGAAGCAAAUCCUAGUCAGGAACUACAGCAGGCAUUCAAUAAAGCUCAGGAGGAGCUCAACAAGACCAAAGAGGAACUGAACACCCUGAAAGAAGAUGUGCAGAAAAAACAGGAAGAGACUCAGAAGUCCCAGCGUGAGUUAGACAGUGCCCUGAAGGAAACUCAGCAGACCAAGGACAAGCUGCAGGAGGUUCAGAACCAGCUAACACAGGUUCAGUCCCAGUUGUCCCAAUCACAGUCUCAACUGCAGCAAAAUCAGAAUCAGCUGACCCAGACCCAGAAAGAGCUCCAACAAGCCAAGACCCAGGUCCAGCAGGUACAAAACCAAUUGAAAGCCACUCAAUCUCAAGCUCAAGCUCGUCAGAAUCAGAUUCUGCAAAUCCAGAGGGAGCUCCAGCAGUCUAAAGAAGUCCAGCAGCUCAACCUCACUCGUCAGGAAGAGCUUCAACAGAGUCACAGCCAGGAAGUUGUCAAUCUCAAGACUGCUCUAAGCCAAGCAGAAAGCAAAGUGACUGAGCUCAAAGGGCAGCUUGAGAGUCUGCAUACGACGGUUGCUGAGCGUGACGCAUGCAACAAGAAUCUGCAGGAGCAGCUAACUGAAGCCAAGCAGGCUAACGAAGCUGGCCGAGCCACACCCAGGCCACAUCCCCAGGCCAGUGAUGCUACUGCAGCCAGUGAUGCAAACCAGGCACUACAAGAGGAGCUGGCAAAACUCAGACACGAGCUGUCUGAGACGAAGAAUCGAGAGGAGCAGAUUAAACAGCAGAUGGCUGACAAAGAGGAAAAGACUAAAAAGGCCUUCCUUGGAGCCAAGACCAAAAUCAACUUACUAAACAAUGCUAAAGAGCAGCUCAGUCGGGAGGUGGAGGAGCUUAUACAGAGUAAGGAAGAACUAGAGGUGAGGAUGAGUGCCCUCAAGUCUCAGUAUGAAGGUCGACUUCUUCGGCAAGACAGAGAACUGAGAGAGCUGAGAGGUGCACAGACACACACUGACCCCAGAGAUGAACAACAGGAACAGGGUGGAGUGAAGGUGGGUGACCAGCCCAAAUCAGCGGACCAGAGACAAAUAUCUUUGAAAAGCACAGCUCAAGACAGAGGAUGUUCCAGCAUGUCAGAGCCGCCCACUGCUAAUAUCCGCCCUACCCAAAGUACUCCAUCUCCCAGCAACAAGCCUAGCCCCUCAACUGGCAGCAAGGCCACGCCGCGUGCCAGCAUUCGACCCAUGGUUACCCCAACAACUGUCUCCAUUCCGACGCCUACUGCCACUGUUAUGCCAACUACACAGUCUGAAAGCCAAGAAGUGCUGCUGAGUGUGGGAGCCUCAGUACACUCUACCACCUCCAGCCUGGUGAAUGCACCCACCUCUAUAACGCAGCCAACCAGCACACAGACCACAGCAUUUGUCCAGCCCACCCAGCAGCAGGCAACCAAUCAGGAUGCAGGGCCCAGCAUUGAGGUUGAGCGACCAACUACAUCCUCACUGAUGGGAGCAGCAGGAACAAAGCGUGGCAGAGAGAAUGAGGAGGAAGAGGAGAGCAGACCAGAAAGCUCACACACACCACCGACCACCAAAAAACUACGUCUUAAACCAACUAUUGCAAUGCAGAUGGAAGGUGAUGAGGAGAUGGAAGGAGAGAUGCGGGAUGAGGAAGAGCGACAGGAUUCACCAGAUGACGCUCAGGCACUUCCAGAGGAGGAAUUCCCGGUCUUGGCUGACAACGAUGAGGACAUUGAGGAAGAGGGUGCGUCACAGUCAGUCCCCUGCGAUCAGAUGUCCUCUCAGGGCUCCAUAGUCCGGGACGUGAUUGUGAUUGACACAGACAGCGAGAGCCGUGAGAGCAAAGAGGGCGAGGAAAAGCAGGAAGAUGCCGAUGACAAAGAGGAGGAGGAGGAGGAAGAAGAGGAGGAGGAGGAAGAGUAUAAAGAUGAGGAAGAUGACGAUGAUGAAGAUGAGGAUGGUGCUGGUUAUGGUGGAAUGAGAGGAGGAAACGAAAGUAAUGAGGCGAGCAGGGAGGCUGAGGGAGAAGACGACCCAUCAGGACCUUCCAGAACUGAGGAAAAUGUGUGUGGGACGUCUUCAGACUCCCAGCGUCCCUCUGAGGCGUCACACAGUGGUGAAGGCAGCAGUAGCCAUACAUCAGACUCUGACUCCCUCAGAGAGCCUGUGCACCUCCCCCCAGCCGCCUCCUUGUCCUUGGGACCUUCCCUCACUUCUUCACUCACACCUCGCCUUCCCCAUCCCCGUCGGCUCUCUCACUCCCUCCCACCAAGGCUCUAUAUCCAGCCUCCGGCUUCAGAGCUGGGGCCUCCACACACACAGCGACAGUCCUCCCAGCUGCGCAGACCUUCAGUAGGACGUGGACUUCAAUUAACUCCUGGAAUAGGCAGUACGCAACAUUUCUUUGACGAUGACGACCGGAUGGUUCCCAGCACUCCCACUCUGGUGGUCCCUCACCGCAAUGAUGGCUUCGCUGAGGCUAUACAUUCUCCUCAGGUAGCAGGUCUGUCCACCAGGUUUAGGUUUGGUCCUCCAGAAGACCUGCUGGCUCAGACAUCAGCCUCACACUCUGACCUGGGACAGCUGGCAUCUCAAGGAGGUUUGGGAAUGUACGAGUCACCCCUGUUCCUGGCUGCUCACGAUGAAGAUGGAGGAGGAAGGAGCGUGCCCACCACACCGCUCCAAGUGGCUGCACCAGUGACAGUGUUCACAGAGUCUGCACCCUCGGACAGUGGUGACAACAUGUCCUCCCAGUCUGUUCCUAUGGUAACGGCCUCUACUAGUAUGGCUACACCUGCAGACGACGGAGAUGAGGUCUUCAUGGAGCAGGACAGAGAAGGUGCUCGUAUUGAAUCUCCUUUAGAGGGUCAGUCAGAUAUGGACCCAGCCGGACAGCAGAGUGAUGAUGCAUCACUGCCAUCCACCAGCCAAGAACCUGACACCAGCAAUGUUCCUCAACGCCGCACACUCCCCAGUCAGCCUCUGAUCAGCAGCAUGACCGGCAGAGGAGGCAAAGCAGGGAGAGGGGAAGCCAGGACGUUACUCAACCGCAGAGGAACCAUGUCUAGAGGAGGAAGGGGGGGAACAAUGAGUAGAGGAGGCAUCUCAUAAUGCAGAUCUUAGCAGCCAAUCCUGUCAAAGAAGAAAAUGUAGGCUAAUGCGUAAUUGGCUAAAUUCCUGAAUUAGGAUUUAUUUUUUUGGUCCAAUCAAAUGCAAAACAUCAGACCCUUGUCUUAAAAUGCAGUUAGUGAGUUGUACUUCUUCUGUCAGGUGUAUUCAGAUGAGUAGCUCUUUUUAGUUUCUACAUUUUGUUUUAUCAUUGUUUUGUUUAUAAACAUGUUGUAAUAAUAAAGUAGCAGCAAUAUAUAAAAAUGUC